CAUGGUCACGUGACUGACAUUUAAGUGGCCAACCAACAGCCAGUACCUGAACCUGCCUAACCAAACUACAGUUUUGAGAAAUGGCUGACGAUAAAGAAGUGGAAAAAACUAUUGCAGAAGACUUGGUUGUUACCAAGUAUAAGUUAGCAGGACAAAUUGUCAAUCGCGUUUUGGAGCAAGUUAUUACGAAAUGCAUACCUGACGCGUCUGCGCGUGAAAUAUGUGAAUUUGGAGACAGGUUGCUACUUGAGGAAACUUCCAAAGUGUUUAAAAAAGAAAAGGAUUCAAAGAAAGGCAUUGCUUUUUCGACAUGCGUUUCCGUAAAUAAUUGUAUAUGCCAUUUUUCACCUAUACCUAGCGAAUCUGAUUACAUCCUGAAACAGGGAGACCUUGCUAAAAUUGAUUUGGGUGCCCACAUAGAUGGUUUCAUUGCUGUUGUAGCACACACAGUUGCAGUCGGUGGCGGUGAGGUCACUGGCCGCGCAGCAGAUGUUCUUCUUGCUGCCCAUUUGGCUAGUGAAGCCGCCUUGAGGUUACUUAGACCUGGUAAUGAGAACUAUGCUGUAACAGAUGCAGUCCAAAAGAUAAGUGCCGAAUAUGCAUGCAAGCCAAUAGAAGGCAUGUUAUCACAUCAACUAAAACAAUUUCGUAUUGAUGGUGAAAAGAGCAUCAUCCAGAAUCCAUCAGAGGCACAACGAAAGGAACAUGAGAAGGCAACCUUUGAAACCUAUGAAGUUUAUGCUAUGGAUGUGCUCAUUUCAACUGGAGAAGGUGUUGGUCGUGAAAUGGACACAAGAUGUACAAUAUACAAGAAAACUGAUGAAGUCUAUCAACUCAAGUUAAAAGCCUCUAGAAUGUUUUACAGUGAGGUUAGAAACAAACAUGGAUCAAUGCCUUUCAAUCUACGUAGUUUCGAUAAAGAGACAAGUGCAAGACUUGGCGUUGUUGAAUGUGUUAACCACAAACUCAUUGAGCCUUUUCAGGUGCUUUAUGAACGACCAGGUGAAAUUGUAGCACAGUUUAAAUUCACUGCUUUAUUGCUUCCAAGUGGUACGCACCGCAUCACGGGACUCCCCUUCGAUAAGAGUCAGUGUAAAACUGAACGCACCAUUAAGGACCCUGAACUGAAUACCCUUCUGAACUCUUCCGCAAAAUCAAAUAAAAAGAAGAAAAAGAAAACUGGAGCCGAGGAACCAAUGGAAGUUGAAACAGCUGCCUAGCAUUUGAAAUUACUUUUGCCUGAGGACUCUUAAUAUAAUUCAGCAGCUUUCUAAAACCUCUCACAUGGACAAUAUUAUCUGACCACCUCAAACAGUGAUAAAAUUUAGCAAUACAAGCUUACCCUUUUAAUAUAGCUUUCAAAGAGUGUUUAAACUCAAAUGUUCAUUUGAGCAGUUAACAAAUUCAACAUGAGAUUGACAAUUAGCUACAAAAUUAUUGUUAAUGUUUAGAUGUUUAUGUACAAAACAACUUCAUUUUUAAGUGUAAUUAUAUUGAAAACAAUAAACCAAUUUACAUAUUAUGUAGUAAAAUUUACAACCCAUCAUUAAAGGAACAUGUUACUUCCCAGCAAAAUGAAUGAUUAAAAAAUUAUCUGUAAAUACCAUUCAGGUUAAUUUCUUCUUAGUAUCACUUGCCUCACAUUUGAGAAAGCAUUUUAUUGUAAAAUUAGAAAAUUCUUAUUUUUUUCCAAAUAUCAGUGCAAUUAGGUGCUUACUAGUAUUUACUGUUAUUUUGAUGUUUUCAAUAGUCAUCUCAUAGUCUAAUUUUAAAAUUAGGAUAGAACAAUUUAAGUCAAUAUUUCACAAAUCAACUAUGAGAAAAUUUCAAAAUGACAGUGAGUAUGUACAUUAUUAACUCUAUAAAUAUGGUUAUAUACAUUCUGUAUCCCGAUAUCUGUAAAUUUGAGGAAUACAAUUGGACAUUUAAAUACAUUAUAGCUCUAGGAAUAUUUUUGGAACUAAUAAUCUAAUAGAAGAUAUUGAACGAAUGACAUUAAAGAAGGAAUAAAUCAAACUGCCACAGGAUGGCCUGUUUUUGUAA